AUGCAUCAGUGCCCUUGUCUGAAACUGCAAUAUCCCGAGGCGUUGAAUAGUUGUGAUUAUGCUGCUUAUUCAGUAUUUUAUUUAGUAGGUGUUGUGUGUCAUUUUUGUUAAGAGCCAAAAAUAAGUAUCUAUUUUGUGUGUGCGCGACAAGAUAGAAUAUUUUUUGUGGAGUAGUAAAGAUAGUAGCCAUACAUUGUUCACCAACGCAAUCUUUCAAACGUGUAGUGACAAAAUAUGGGGAGCAGUCAGCUGUACAGUUUGUCAUGGGGAGAGUUUGGUACGUCGCUUGUAUCUGCCGUUCAGCUACUGAGAUGCCAUGGAGAUCUUGUUGAUGUGACGCUGGCAGCUGGUGGCCGCAGUUUUCCCGCACAUAAAAUAGUCCUCAGCGCAGCAAGCCCAUUUCUUCUGGACCUCCUGAAGAGCACACCUUGUCAGCAUCCUGUGGUCAUGCUUGCUGGAGUGACAGCUCACGAUCUGGAAGCUCUGCUAGAAUUUGUGUAUCGGGGAGAGGUUAGUGUGGAUCCGAACCAGUUGCCGUCUUUGCUUCAGGCAGCUCAUUGUCUGAAUAUUCAGGGCCUGGCACCAGGGACCUUAAAUGCAGAGACUAUGUACAGCUUGCAUAAACUUGAUGAUAUGCAUCCUUCUGCAUCUCAUGAAGCUCUGUCGAGAGAUGUCAUUAACUCCUUUUUACCGAUAAGGAGGAAGAGAAAAACAAAACGAAGAGAAUCUACAGGGUCUAGUGGCUCGAAGUGGGCCCGUCAUGAUAGUCUCUCUGCAGAUUCAGAAAAUCAGCCAGCUAAUCACCAUCAGAAUUCAUCGCAUUCAUCUCACAUACCAGAGUCUGAUGUCCUCUCUAAUCCGGAUACACGUAAGAAUGAUGACGGUGAAAGCAGUAAUCAAUCAGCAGAUGAAACAGGAGUGUCACCUGCGUCGGGAAGUGGCGGUACGAAGAUCCGAGGGGCUUCAGACCAGCCGGGCGCGUGCCCCCUGUGUGGCGCACUGCUGCGCCAGGCACGCAACCUGCGGCGGCACCUGCUGACGAGCUGCAAGUACCGCAUGUCGGUUGGUCCCGGAGGGGGUCCAGGUGUCGGUGUUGGGGUUGGAGCAGCCUACUCCCAGCAGCCGUCCGCCCUCGAGCCUGAAGUGCAGCUGCAGCAGCCCGCUACGUUUGCAUCGCUCCUGCCCGUAGCACUGCCCCAGCCCGGCCGUCCUUCCAGCCCACUGCGACCACUGUCUCUGCAGGGGCAACACCACCAUCCCCAUCAGCAGCAGCAGCAGCAGCAGCAGCAGCCGCCGCCGCCGCAGCAGCAGCAGCAGCAACAGCAACAGCAAGAACAGCAGCAGCAACAGUCAUCC